UUGGAACCCGGGAAAGCGCAUCCUCGACCCAUCCAGCCUUCCACGGGGAGGGAAAACCUGUUCGUCACCCCUCCCCUCCGCGUGUAGAAGCUGAAUGCGGUAAUCCAGGGGAGGAGCAGCAGAUGACUUCAUGCAGCAGGACUGCCGUGAAUUUGGAAUCAGCAGCUGCAGCUGUAUGCUGGGGAAUGACUGACAGCGGGAGUACCCCCGGGCAUUUGCCUGGCGAUCCCUCCUGCCCCGGCGUUCUUUUAAAACCGCAGCCACGGGGGGUGGUUGGGUCAUAAACUGCUGAAAACAAGAGCCCAGCGGCGGCUUAGCCGCAGCGAGGGGGCAAGCAGAUGCGUUAAAUAAUCGGUCGUCGGAAAGACACUGCUAUGAGGAUACUUGUUAGCAAUGACUGAUGUGGAAUCUACAUAUGCAGAUUUCAUUGCUUCAGGGAGAACUGGAAGAAGAAAUGCUCUUCAUGAUAUACUGGUAUCUUCAACAAGUGGGAAUUCUAGUGAACUAUCCCUUAAGUUAUCAGAACUUGAUAUAAAAAAAACUGAAGGGGAAGAAGAUGCACAGAGAAAUCCCACUGAACAAACUGGGGAAGCCCAAGGGGAAGCAGCAAAAGAAGAAAGCUGAUGCUUUAGUUUGACUGACAGUGACAACUGUAG